AUGGUAAUGAUGCGAUUAGGCUCUUUGCUCUUAUGUGUGAUGCUACUCUUUGGCUCUGCAUUAACAAAUAGCAAAGCUGGUGCUGAUACAGAUCUACAACCCAUUUGUAAAUUGUUCAAUAGGAAAAGUUUGGAUGCUCUCGAACCCGGGUUCAUAUUUGGGACAGCCUCAGCAGCUUACCAGUAUGCCGGUGCUGUAAAAGAAGAUGGUAGAGGACCAAGCAUAUGGGAUAAUUACACCCACAGCCAUCCAGAAAGAAUCAAGGAUGGCAGUAAUGGAGAUGUCGCUGUUGAUCAGUAUCACCGCUAUAAGGGAGAUGUGGCAAUAAUGAAGAAUAUGGGGUUGGAUGCUUAUAGGAUGUCUAUUUCAUGGUCGAGACUGUUACCAAAUGGAACGCUAAGUGGGGGCGUGAAUAUGGAUGGAAUCAUCUAUUACAACAAUUUCAUCAAUGAACUCAUACGUAACGGUCUAACACCAUUUGUGACAAUCUUCCAUUGGGAUCUUCCUCAAGCUUUGGAUGACGAAUAUGGUGGUUUUUUAAGCCCUAAAAUUGUUGAUCAUUUUAAAGCAUAUGCAAAACUCUGUUUUGAGUACUUUGGAGAUCGAGUAAAACACUGGAUCACUUUGAAUGAGCCAUACACCUUUAGUAUCAAUGGUUAUGCAUACGGGUCCCACGCACCGGGACGAGGCUCUACUUGGCAAAACCUAAACUGCACAGGUGGAAAUUCGGCUACUGAACCAUAUUUGGUGACACACCACCAACUCCUUGCUCAUGCAGCUGCUGUAAAAUUGUAUAAAGAUAAAUAUCAGGCAUUUCAAAAUGGCUCAAUAGGAAUAACAUUGGUGUCACCUUGGUUUGAGCCUGCUUCGGAGGCAAUAACGGAUAUAAAUGCUACAUUCCGAGCUUUGGAUUUUAUUCUUGGAUGGUUUAUGGACCCAUUGACAAACGGUGACUAUCCGCAUAAUAUGCGGUCAAAUGUUAGAGAACGAUUACCAAAAUUCACGGAAGAAGAAUCCGAAUUACUAAAAGGGUCAUUUGAUUUUAUUGGAAUAAAUUACUAUACUGCUAGAUAUGCAAGUAAUGAACGUGGCAUUAUUUCUGCACGUGCAAGCUACUUAACAGAUUCUCACGUUAAUAUUACAACUGAGCUUAAUGAGGUACCUAUUGGUCCACAGGCUGCUUCAGAUUGGUUAUAUGUUUAUCCAAAAGGAAUUCAUGAUCUUGUACUCUACACAAAAGAAAAGUAUAAUAAUCCAAUCAUUUACAUUACUGAGAAUGGUGUUGAUGAGUUCAAUGAUCCCAAAUUACCACUUGAGCAAGCCCUUAAUGAUACCGAAAGAAUUGACUAUUACUACCAUCACCUUUGUUACCUUCACGCAUCCAUGAGAAAAGGUGCUAAGGUCAAAGGAUAUUUCUCAUGGUCAUUACUAGACAACUUUGAAUGGAAUGAAGGAUAUACUGUUCGAUUUGGUAUCACCUAUGUGGAUUACAAUGAUGAUCUAAAAAGGCACCCAAAACGCUCUGCAUACUGGUUCAAAAAUUUGCUCAAGUAAUAUCUUUGAAAAAAGUACGAAAGUGAUCUAAAUAUUUGUAGACAAUAAUGAUGGGAACCAAAAGUUUGAGUUUUUUUUAAAGUUUUUAGUUUUCUUUUAUAGCUUAACUCUAUUUGAGUCGAAAUAAGUUGCAGUAACUUGUUAUGAGCUCGUUGUGUGAGUUUGUAUCUUCUGUUAA